AUGUUGCCAACACACAUCUUCCUCAUCCUAAAGGGCCGUUCAACAGUCGAAUCCUUCCAAUCUUCCGCUCAGCUCAAGGCUGAACAAUCAAUGUUGGAAAAUGAGUUCCAAUCAAAGUGCAUGACCGCCGAUAUGCGACGGGUGCGCCGGCAGUGGGAAGCCGAGUACGGUGGCGUUGCUGUGAACGACCGGUGGGCAUUCGGUAGGAAACGGGACAUGUGGAGGCGUGAGAUGGGCACCAGCUGGGUUGGAUGGUUAUUUCUUUUCCUCAUCGGCCACGUCUUGGGUUGGGGUCUGAACCCCGACCGGCACCUGCAGCUGGCAAGACUGGAUGAAGCAGCCGUUGAUCAGUUCAACAGAGUCCUUGCCGAACGCACGGGCAACGAGGAUUGUCAGGUGGUCACACUUGUACACCUUCGAGGCGAAGGAGGACGAUUGACGGAAAUGGAAAGGACUAAUGCCCGCCAGCCUUGUCCGCAGGAAUGUUCGCGGUGGGCGCCGGCAGCGGCUGAGAGCGCGAUGGAUAUUACACGAGCGCUUCAAUCGCAAUGUCUCUCCCCUCAAGACUGGACGACUUUCAACGGUUAUCUGAGUGACGCAACUUCGAGAAUCCUUGCAUCGAGAGCUGCGAGACACUCUAGGGGAUCAUCAGCUCGCCCUUUCAACCCAAGUACCUUGCAGUUGAGACAGAGCUCAUUCCAGGUCUCAUCCGACGUUGAAGCCUUUGUGGAAGCCUUAUAUCUGAACUCUGUGUCGCUACUGGGUUCAUCGGCGAAGGACGUGUCAGAGGUUGCACAUGCCCAGCUUGAAUUGCAGACUAUGAGCAAGAACACGGCAGAUUUGUCUCCGCAGAUCAUCCAGGCAUUGGAAAAUACAAAGAUGUUAUCUGCCCUGCAGUCUUCCAUGGCCCAUAGUCUGAUGCUCGCCGAGAAUGCCAAGGUUUCGCUCGAGCGUCUGAACACCAGCAUUACGUCCUUUGUCAAUGCUGUCACGGCUCCGUGGACUAUCAUCCCAGUCUGGUCCGUCCUGCGAGCGGUGUUCGCCAUGGGACCGAACAUUCUUAGAGCAGCGUGGACUGUGAUCUGCAGCGUGUCAACUAGUACCAGUUUCGAAACGGUUUGUGCGAGACCUGCUUCGAUACUGAAACGGCAGGUUCCCUUGCUUUUCCUGGGCAGAUGGCUGUUGAAUAUCGCUCUGAGACAGCUCCGCAGGACCAAAAGCUAUCGAAAUGUCACGCUGCAAAGGGCUGGAUUUCCGGUUGCUCGUCACCCCAUUCAAGAACUCGAAAGGCGCGUGCAGCUUGGGCGUCGAGCGUUUUCUGAGGCAUUGUAA